ACGCCUAGAUUAAACCGACAGGAAGAGAAUUCGGAGAGAAAAAGGCCGCGUUUGCGACUUGGAAGACCCAAGAGUGGCCGUACACUGGACCUUUGUGCUCAAGAAAGGCCUACCUCCUUUGUACUCUUCUCCACCCACAAUUAUGAUCUAUUUCCAGCUCCAAAUAAUGGAUCUCGCUCCCUCUUCACUUUUGAAUUCUCGGAAUCUGAGCUCCCCAGCUAGAAAUAUCUCCACUUCCAGCCCCGUUUCUCGGCUUCCGGCCUAGUAGUCUCCCAUUUUUAGAGGUCAGACCCGCCAGAAAACAAGCUAGGUGUAUCAAAAUUCAGUUCUGCAUUCAUGUGAUCUAUACAUAGCACUUUUAACUUGCCACGAGUUAGAAUAAAUAGCUUAUUGUGGUGGGAAUUGAAUUGGUGCAGACGAGGUGCAGUAUGGGGCAUAUGUCAGCCAUGUUCAAUGGAAUAGCAAGGUCACUGUUGAUGAAGAAAGGGCGGAAUUCUGGGUAUUGUAGUGGAGCAGAAGCUGUAAAGGUGGAGAGUGAAGGGAAGAAGCAUGAUUUGAUAUUAAGGACUUCAGGGACUGUUAAUGUUGAAGGAUCGGACAAUUUUGCAUCGGUUUUCUCCAGAAGAGGCGAGAAAGGAUUGAACCAAGAUCGCGUCAUUGUGUGGGAGGGAUUUGGAUGCGAAGAAAACAUGAUAUUUUGUGGGAUUUUUGACGGGCAUGGUCCAUGGGGACAUUUUGUGGCUAAGAGGGUUAGAGAAACAAUGCCCUUGUCCUUGCUAUGCAACUGGAAGGAGACGCUCGCCGAAGCUUCACUCGACACGGAUCUUGAUUUGGAAUCUGAUAAGAAGCUUCACAAAUAUAAUGUAUGGAAGGAUUCUUACCUAAAGACUUGUGCUGCUGUUGAUCAGGAUCUGGGCCAGCACCGCAAGAUUGAUGCUUUCCACAGUGGAACCACUGCUCUGACAAUUGUUAGGCAGGGUAAGGUUAUAUUUGUGGCAAAUGUUGGUGAUUCCCGGGCUGUACUAGCCACCACUUCUGAUGACGGCAGCUUGAUGGCAGUUCAGCUUACCGUUGAUUUCAAGCCCAAUCUACCCCAGGAAGCUGAGCGGAUAACUCAGUGCAAUGGGCGUGUGUUCUGUUUAGAUGAUGAACCAGGGGUGCACAGAGUCUGGCUGCCAGAUGGGGAGUCACCAGGGCUGGCAAUGUCUAGAGCCUUUGGAGACCACUGUGUAAAGGAUUUCGGACUUAUAUCUGUGCCAGAAGUGACACAAAGACACAUCACUGGCAAAGAUCAUUUUGUUGUGCUAGCAACUGAUGGGGUAUGGGAUGUUGUCUCUAAUCAGGAAGCAGUGCAGAUUGUGUCUUCAACACCAGACAGGGCGAAGUCAGCUAAAUGUCUGGUCGAGCACGCUGCCCGUGCAUGGAGGUCCAAGCGCUCUGGACUCGCGAUGGAUGAUAUUUCGGCCAUUUGUCUCUUUUUUCACUCUUGUCCUUUAUCCCCUCAGCAAAUUCACGAUGUAACUAACCCAAAACAGUAAUGGAGCAAGAUAAAGGCAAUCGCUCGUGUCUCCAUCUUUCCCCUUA